AUGGGAAUAGCAGAGGUUGGAAUUGAGGUAAAUUUAAUAGGAGGCAAAUCUUCGGCUUUUAGAAAUAUAGGCUUUUACAUAGUGUUUCAGACAGUUGACUUGGUGACUUUGAGGAGAAUUGAUGAUCUAAGCUUGGAAAUUUCAAUUUCAGAUCAAAGACCUCUUUGGCCCUUAUCCAUUUGCUUUACUCAAGUGACUGGAGAAGUUAGUGCGACAGAUGAAGUUUGGGAUAAACUUAUUCGGGUUAACAAGUCUGCUAAAAGAUUUAGAAAGAAAGGUUGUAAGUUUUAUGAGAAAUUAUGCACUAUCUUUGGUGAUACUACUGCAACUGGUUCCAAUGCUCAUCCUUCAACUCGAAGUCCUUCUAAUGAUGGAGAUAAUGAUGAUGAUGCAACGUCGAUAAGUCCGUCUACUAGGAAUGAAGAAAGUGGUUUUGAUGAGGAUGGUAGCAGAAGAAGAGGUAAAUCAACAGCCACUUCGAACUCUCGAUCAGUAAAAAGAGCAAAGUUCUCAUUAGCUUUGGCAGAUGCACUGGCAACAUAUAAUGAAACUGCAAAGCGAAAGACAGAAUUGAUAGAGAGAUCAAUGGCAACAUCUGCAUCACAUUACUUAUUGGAUGAGAGUGUUGAAGCUCUUAAUCAAAUUGAUGGAAUUAGUGGAGAAGUAUACGCAAAAGCUAUUGAGAAGUUUGAGAACGAGGUGUCCAGAGCAUUGUUUCUAAAGAUGCCAGAGCAUAGAAGAAUAGAUUGGUUGCUGAAUUUGAAGUGAAAAAGUUUAUACUUUGUUUAGCUAUGAACAAGAUGACUUUAUUUAGCUAUUAACUUUAGUUUUGUUUAGCUUUUGACUGGAUGACUUUGUUAAGCUAUUGACUGGAUGACUUUAUUAGCUAUUGACUGGAUGACUUUGUUUAGCUAUUGACUGGAUGACUUGUUAGAUAUUGACUGGAUGACUUUGUUUUGCUA